AAUGGACUGUGGCUGUAAAUAAAUUGGACCUGGCUUGCAAUACUAGGUUUAAAAAAAGGAGUGAUUAAAAACGUCAUUUUUGACGAAAUUACUUUCUCAAUGUAAUUUCCAUAAACUAUAUUUUAAGAAGUUCGUGCUACAUAACAGUAAGAAUCAUUUCUUCAUUUCAACAUGGGGAUUUACAGGCAUCUGUUGAUGCAUAUUAAUGAUGUAAAGAGGAAGGAAGCCAGGGCAGCUUUUAACACCUCGAUGUCUGUUUAACACAACUGUACCAACCACAGAGAGUCAAAGUGUCUUCAAAGAUGACAUGCUCCCUUUUCAAGUAGAAAUGUUUAUUUCUAAGUGUUUCUCAUGUAUGUGAUCUACCUGCGGAUGUGAUUUAACAGACGCGAGGAGCAGCUAUGAGUUUAACAGCAGCAGCGAGUGGAUUUGUUGUCUUCCUUCUCUCUGUACAAGUGAUACAGGGUCAGAAUGGCUGGGGAGUGACUUACACCUCUACUCAGAUCUGUGCCUUAAAAGGAUCAACAGUGGAAAUAAGCUGCAGAUACAGAUACCCAUCCACAAUAAACCGCUAUUAUACUACAGUUGAGACAUUCUGGGUUACUGAAAUGAAUGGAAAUGAACAUGUGGAUCUGAGAACAGAGUCAGAGUACGCAGGUCGUGUGCAGUACAGCUGUAAUGAGAAGAGCUGCACUCUGAGAAUCACAGACCUGAGAGAGAGCGACUCAGCUGAGUACAAGUUCAGGUUCAUAACAAACCAACCAGGUGGGAGUUUUACUGGUUCACCUGGAGUCACUUUGUCUGUCACAGAUCUGCAGGUGAGCAGAUCUCAGUAUUCUAAUUGGGCAGAGCUGCAGUGUCACAGCAGCUGUCGUCUACCUGAUCGUUCUUCCUACGUCUGGUACAAAAAUGGACAGAUGAUUCAGGCAGAAACAUCUUCUUCUUAUUCAGGCAACUUUGGUUCUGCAGACAGCUAUUCCUGUGCUGUGAAAGGACUGGAGGACUUCCCCUCUCCUUCAGUGUGUGUCCGUGGUCAAACCUGCAAAAGAGUGAUGUACACUGACAGAAGCAUCUGUGCCCCCAAAGGCUCAUCAGUGGACAUUUCUUGCACAUACAACAGUUAUAACAAUAAUUAUGAUAAAUCAACAUUGUGGUUCAGUCCUGAACGUAGUCAUCAGUGGCAGAAUCCUUCACAGCCUGAGGCCCUUAGUGAAGACUCCCAGUAUGCAGGUCGUGUUCAGGUCCUUGAGACAGAGGGAGGACGCUCCACUCUGAGAAUCACUGACCUGAGAGAGAGCGACUCAGCUGAGUAUCGCUUCAAAUUCAAAACAGGGAGGUUUGAAUGGAGCAGUAGUUUACCUGGUACAACUCUGACUGUCACAGUUCCAGCUCUGCAGGUGCAGGUGAGCAGAUCUUCGUCUUCUCAUUCGAAAGAGCUGCAGUGUCACAGCAGAUGUCGUCUACCUGAUCGUCCUUCCUACGUCUGGUACAAAAAUGGACAGAUGAUUCAGGCAGAAACAUCUUCUUCUUAUUCAGUCUCCUUUGGUUCUGCAGACAGCUAUUCCUGUGCUGUGAAUGGACAUGAGGACUUCCCCUCUCCUUCAGUGUGUGUCGAUGGUCAAACCUGCAACAGAGUGACGUACACUGACAGAAGCAUCUGUGCCUCCAAAGGCUCAUCAGUGGACAUUUCUUGCACAUACAACAGUUAUAACAGUUAUUAUUUUUAUUCUGAUAAAUCAACAUUGUGGUUCAGUCCUGAACGUAGUCAUCAGUGGCAGAAUCCUUCACAGCCUGAGGCCCUUAGUGAAGACUCCCAGUAUGCAGGUCGUGUUCAGGUCCUUGAGACAGAGGGAGGACGCUCCACUCUGAGAAUCACUGACCUGAGAGAGAGCGACUCAGCUGAGUAUCGCUUCAAAUUCAGAACACGGAGCUUUGAAUGGAGGAGUAGUUUACCUGGUACGACUCUGACUGUCACAGAUCCAGAUCUGCAGGUGCUAGUGAGGAGAUCAUCUUCAUCUUCAUCUUCUUCCUGGGCAAGCCUGCUUUGUCACAGCAGAUGUCGUCUACCUGAUCGUCCUUCCUACGUCUGGUACAAAAAUGGACAGAUGAUUCAGGCAGCAACAUCUUCUUCUUAUUCAGGCUACCUUGAUUCUGUAGACAGCUAUUCCUGUGCUGUGAAAGGACUGGAGGACUUCCCCUCUCCUUCAGUGUGUGUCCGUGGUCAAACCUGCAACAGAGUGACGUACACUGACAGAAGCAUCUGUGCCCCCAAAGGCUCAUCGGUGGACAUUUCUUGCACUUACAACAGUUAUAACAGUUAUUAUUAUUAUUAUGAUAAAUCAACAUUGUGGUUCAGUCCUGAACGUAGUCAUCAGUGGCAGAAUCCUUCACAGACUGAGGCCCUUAGUGAAGACUCCCAGUAUGCAGGUCAUGUUCAGGUCCUUGAGACAGAGAGAGGACGCUCCACUCUGAGAAUCACUGACCUGAGAGAGAGCGACUCAGCUGAGUAUCGCUUCAAAUUCAAAACAGGGAGCUUUGAAUGGAGGAGUAGUUUACCUGGUACGACUCUGACUGUCACAGCUCUGCAGGUGCAGGUGAGCAGAAUAGCAGUCCAUCAGAGUUAUACCGAGGCAGAGCUGCAGUGUCACAGCAGCUGCAGUCCAGCUGGUCGUCUUUCCUACGUCUGGUUCAAGAACGGAGAGAAAAUCACAAGGGUGGAGACAUCUUCUUAUAAAGGCUUGUUUUAUCUCGGAGACAACAUCUCCUGUGCUUUUAAAGGACAUGAGGACUUCCCCUCUCCGUCAGUGUCUCUGCAGGUGCAGGUGAGCAGAAUAACAGUCCAUCAGUCUCACACCGAGGCAGAGCUGCAGUGUCACAGCAGCUGCAGUCCAGCUGGUCGUCUUUCCUACGUCUGGUUCAAGAACGGAGAGAAAAUCACAAGGGUGGAGACAUCUUCUUAUAAAGGCUUGUUUUAUCUUGGAGACAACAUCUCCUGUGCUGUAAAAGGACAUGAGGACUUCCCCUCUCUGUCAGUGUAUGCUCCAAAGACCUCCUCUGUGUCAGCGAGUCCCUCUGGUGAGAUAGUGGAGAACAGUUCAGUGACUCUGACCUGCAGCAGUGAUGCCAACCCAGCAGCUAAAUACACCUGGUACAAGGAGAAUGGAAACCUCAAACCUCUCAUUAAUGAAGCAGAGCUUGUCUUCAGGUCCAUUCAGUCCUCUGACUCUGGAGAGUAUUACUGCACAGCUGAGAACGAGCUGGGGAGGAGGACAUCUGAACACAUCUUUAUUAAUGUGAGAUAUGCUCCAAAGACCUCCUCUGUGUCAGUGAGUCCCUCUGGUAAAAUCAUGGAGGGCAGUUCAGUGACUCUGACCUGCAGCAGUGAUGCUAACCCAGCAGCUAUUUACACCUGGUACAAGGAGAACCAAACACCACCUCAGGGACUACAAGGCAUUUACCGUUUCACCUCCAUCAGCUCAGAGGACAGAGGGAGCUACUCCUGCAAGUCUGAGAAUCCCUAUGGACAGAUCAACUCUUCAUCUCUAUUUAUAGAUGUGCAGUAUGCUCCAAAGACCUCCUCUGUGUCAGCGAGUCCCUCUGGUGAGAUAGUGGAGAACAGUUCAGUGACUCUGACCUGCAGCAGUGAUGCCAACCCAGCAGCUAAAUACACCUGGUACCAGAAGAAUGGAAACCUCAAACCUCUCAUUAAUGAAGCAGAGCUUGUCUUCACGUCCAUCCAGUCCUCUGACUCUGGAGAAUAUUACUGCACAGCUGAGAACGAGCUGGGGAGGAGGACAUCUGAACACAUCUCUAUUAAUGUGAGAUAUGCUCCAAAGACCUCCUCUGUGUCAGUGAGUCCCUCUGCUGAGAUACUGGAGGGCAGUUCAGUGACUCUGACCUGCAGCAGUGAUGCUAACCCAGCAGCUAAAUACACCUGGUACAAGGAGAACCAAACACUUAAGGGACCAGAAGACAUUUAUCCUUUCACCUCUAUCAGUUUAGAGGACAGCGGGAUGUACCACUGUCAGUCUGAGAAUGAGUAUGGCCAGGUCAACUCCACAUCUGUACGCAUAGAUGUCCAGUAUCCUCCAAAGCUUCCCUCUGUGUCAGUGAGUCCCUCUGGUCAGAUAGUGGAGGGCAGUUCAAUGAAUCUGACCUGUAGCAGUGAUGCUAACCCAGCAGCUAAUUAUACCUGGUACAAGGAGAACGAAGACUCACCAAAAGCUUCAGGACAGAUCUUCACCAUCACUGACAUCAGACCUGAACACAGUGGGAAUUAUUACUGUGAAGCCCAGAACAGCAGAGGAAGUACUAACUCCACCUCACAUUUGAUUGUUGUGGCAGGUUCAAUGAAAUCAGUAGCUGCUGGAUCAAUCACUGCCAUUUUUCUGGCUGUCAUAUUCCUCUGUGCCUUCCUAUUGAUUAGAAGAAAGAGGUACUCGAAACAAACCCCAGAGCCUGAAGAGAGACCAGACAGCACAGCACAGCUAAACAUGAGUUCAGAGUAUGACCACCCUUCAGCUGCAGUACAGAGAAAACCAGCAGAGGAGCCGGGCGACCUUUGCUAUGCCAGCGUCAGUUUCUCUAAAGACCAGGAAGAUCCUCUCUACUCCAACAUCAGACCAGCUCAGCACAACAGACACAAGCAUGAAGAGGAGGAGGAGGAGGACGGUGUGGAGUACACUAUUGUCAACUUUAAGAGUGCUAGUGCUUCCCCAGAAUUAAGACGUCAAGAGGCUGUGGAGGAUGCAUCUGCACUGUACAGCACAGUCGCCAAAAACCCAAGAGUAUGAACACAACAUGAAUCUGUGGUCUGUCACUUUACAGUGUUUAAGCAGGUUUCCACAGUGACAUUAAAAUACAUUUCUCAGGACUGACCUGGUCAAUAAUGAAGAAAAAAAGAGGCACCUGUAAAAUCCCACACAUAAACAACAGACAAACUUAGCUUCUCCUAUUACCAACAGGUUCUCACAAAAGUUUCUCACAAAAGUUGUCCUCUGCUCCCCCACCAUAUUUGGCGGUUUUAUAAAAGGUAUCGGCAGUGCUAUUUGUCAAAAUGCAAAAUUAAAGGAAUCCACACAUCCAGCAGACUAAACGAGAUCUUCAUGUGGACAAUGUGUAUCCAUUACACUCAUCACCAGUUUCCAUAUAAUCUUAAAUGAUUUAGUAAACUAGUAAAUCCAACAGUUUCAGAUGUUUGUCAGUUUAUACUCUAGUGUACAAUACCAUGGUCACUGGAUUGGAUUCCUCAAACCUGUUCAGCAGUUUAACCCCUGUUCUAAAUCAGUGCGCAAGGUGCCGUAUGUUAAACUGCUGGUUACAGUCAUUUUACUUUGUCUCACGUUACCAGUUAUCUCACUCUAGCUAAAUAAAAUGCGUGAAUAUCAGGUUUGAGUUGAUAUUCUACAUUAACCAUUGUUAUUACAUCCAGCCUCGGAGUACUAGUAUCAGUUAGCUAACAGUUUGUAAUUUAUGAAUCCCAAAACAGAUUUUGGUUAAAAAUGUUACUAAAGAACAAUAUUUUACUGUCAGUGCUAGCAAACAAUUUCCAACAUCUUGUCAAAUACAUUUCUCUAUAUACAGUUUAUCUUUACCACAAUCUGUGGUUUUGUGUGUUUUUAAGCCUGUGACUUAUUUCACACUGUUUUUGGUUUGUUAAUAUGACUUGUUUGAUGUUGUUUAAAUAACCUGAUAUUUUUUUUAAAUAAAGAUAUUCAGGUAAUAAAUUCUUUUCCCGGCAUGUUUAUGCAAGGUGUUCAGGGUUCAGAUAACGGAGGACCCAGGAGGUCAUAUAUCCCCUAAGAGAGAUCUCUGGGCUUUUCAGUGCUGGUGUAUGAAGAGCACAGAUCCUACAUCCUGUCCUUUAUCUCACACCAGAUUUCCUCCUGCUGUUGGUAGGCAGGAAUCUACUGCAGCUCUGUCCACAGUCUACAGCUUUGGUGAGAGAUCAGUUUGUUGCACAUUCAGAUUUGAAACUCUUACUGAGGAGGGUCCGGAUGCAGUUUGUGGUGUUUUCUCUGGCACCACAGUGGGACUUGAGGUUGGUUUACUCUCAGUAAACUCAUUUUUGAAACUUUUACUUUGACUACAUUUGAAUCACACUUCACAAAAAUGAAGAAGUGAAAGAUUAAAAAACGCACCAGGUUAAUUAACACGUUUUGCAGCUAUUUUUUCAUUUGAUAAGAAAUUUGUCAUGCACAAUUGUUAUUGGACCCCAACACAUCACUAAACAAAUACUGCCAUCUACUGGUAACCUGUCACAACAUAUCAAGCCUGUUGCAAGAAAUCUUGG